AUGCUAACCCUUUUCGAAAAUCCUCACUAUGCACACGUUUUCGAAACACAUCUGACCAACAACAGCAGCAGUGACAAGGAUAUUUGGACAUUCCCGGCCGCAGUGCUAUUCACUACCACUACCAUAAUACCUGUCGGCAAGUUUUAUGCAUUCGAGUACCGUACCGCUACCGUAGAGUACUGUAUUUCAGGGUAUGGUAACGUGUGUCCAGCCUCAGAGUUGGGACGAUUGUUGCUUGUCAUAUAUGGAAUGAUAGGAAUACCUCUGGCGUUAGUAACAAUGGCUGAUACUGGAAAAUUCAUCAGUCGUGGCGUGACUAUCUGGUUUGAAGACGUGGGUUGUCAGCUUCACAUGCAAAAUUGUAAAAAGCACAUGAUGUGGUUGUCUCCUGUGGGUGAACCCUAUAUAACAACUGCUAGCUCAAAGAAACUGAAGCACAGCAAAAAAAAUGUUGUUUCUACUUUGGUUUUUGAUCACCUAUUUGUGAGAAAUAUUUGUGACAAGCAAAUUUUUGAGUUGUUCACAGCCUCGGCUGCAUGUGGGAAUCCAAAACAUUGUUCUUGUGAGCCUAUCACGAGACCUAAAGAAUCCAAAACUUCAAGUCUAUGGCAGUGCCGACAGGGUUGUUCCUAUCGUUAUUAUGUUUAUAUCCCGUUAUUGGUGGUUUACUGUUCCAUCACUACGCAGAUUUACAAUUCCGGGAUGCAAUAUAUUUCAGUUUUACAUCGAUUUUCACCAUUGGAUUUGCCCAGUAUAAACGUGAUCUACCUGGUGGUUUUUAUACUUUUUGGAGUUAUCCUUGUUACGAUUACUAUCGACUUUGUGGCUGCUGAAGUAAUCGACCACAUCCAUUAUAUGGGCCGCCAUGUUGGAAAAGCUCGAGAAAUUGCUGGAAAAAUGAUGCAGCUGGCUCAAUCCAUAAACAUGAAUCGAGGCAUUACUGGCUUAACAGCUGGGAUGAAUCAACUCCAAGCCUUGGCACGAUUCGGUCUGUUAGGAAAAAUUGACCGAGAGUGUACACACUAA